AUGGGGGUCCCUCCAUCUCGGGAUACUACUUUUGGGACUUUUCCGCCCACCGCGGAUGAAAGUCAGAUAACAACCACUAUCAGGGGCGCUACAGCAGCCAGAAGCCCCGGAAAGACUGGGCCAAGCCCCUUCCAGAUCCUCUGGUUUGGUCGGCCCUUAGUGCCCUUGGUGCCGCGUGCCAGCCCUGACAGCCGCGAGCAAGGUCAUUAUUACCUCGCACACAGGCGCGUUUCAGAGUCAGCGACUGGUGAAUACCCAGGGUCUCCGGGCUAUUGGACCACCGAGAAGUGUAACCCCAACUUGAGAUUGUUGAAGGCAAGCUUCCAAGAAAAGAAAACCCAGAAUGGCAGGGACAAGCCCCUCCAGGCCACUUUAAAUUUCAUCACAGUAGAGUCCUGGGCGGAGAGUGAAGAUCCUGGGGAGUCGUCUCUCAGACCCAGCCCCCGGCCAUCAGCCAAUCACCAGGCGCCAUGCAAAUCACCUCUUCCGUUCUCUAAACCCGCGUCAGCCGCAGCGGCUGCUCUGGCGGCCCCGCCCCAGCCUCAUUUCCUCCGCUCCCCUCCCCUUCCCUCCUUCGCCCCCGCCCGAGCAGCUGCCGGGGAAGAGGGCAGUGCUGGGUGCCUCAUGCAUAUGCAGACCGAUCCUCCUCCUCCCUCCACCUCCUGCCCCCUCCUGCCGCCUCCUCCCGUUUCCCCUGCCGCGCCCGCGCUCCUGGACGUGCAGUUCUCCGAGCUCUGGUCCCGAGCAGCUGUUUCUCAGAAGAAGGCCUACGUGCGCUCUUGGAGCAGACGAGGGAAAGGGAGGAAGGCUCUACCCUUAAAAUCCUCUCGAAGGUCAAGUUUGAGGCUUGCCGAACGGAGGAGAAAAGUGUCGAAAAAUGCCGCUACAGGGUUUGCGGGAAGGUUCUGCACGGAGACUGAGUUGGAAAUGCCUUUCUCCCCCUAAACACCAGAUUAAUUUCUCUGAAACACACAGUGUAUUGGUCACGUCCAAAGGAUGAUGAUAGAUGGUUUUGUAAGCCCAGAGUACAGUGUGCAUUUGUCUUGUAUAUCAAGGCUACAACGAAACCACGAAGAACUGGAGAGGAGAUCAGCCAGCGUUAGAUCUGCUUAAUAGGAGCGGGGAGAGCGAGUGAGGAGUGGAGAUGGGGGCGGGGCGAGUGGUGGCCCAAGACCUGCUGCAGGUGGGCUGUUCCCUG